GUUUUCUCACUCUCGCGCAUCCUCAACCCACAAACACGUUUCGUUUUCUUUAUUCUCACAAAUGGCAAGUCCGGGGGGAAUGUUUCUGUGUUUCUUGAUCGUGGUCUUGGAUAUCGCGGCUGGAAUUCUUGGCAUCGAGGCCGAGAUUGCACAGGAUAAGGUUAAGCACGUGAGGUUGUGGAUAUUUGAGUGUAGGAACCCAAGUCACCAAGCUUUCAUGUUGGGUUUAGGCGCUGCACUACUUUUCGGGUUAGCUCAUGUGAUAGUCAAUUUGAUUAAUGGCUGUAGCUGUGUCUGUUCUCAAGAAGAGCUUCAGAAGGCUCCCCCAAAUAGGCAACUCUCUGUAGCCUCCCUCAUCUUAACCUGGGUGGUGUUGGCCGUUGGAUUAUCGAUGCUGGUGAUAGGGACGAUGUCAAACAACAAGCGAGACGGCUCGUGUGGGCUGUCGCAUCAUCAUUUUCUGUCCAUUGGUGGCAUUUUGUGUUUUGUUCAUGCCUUCCUCUCUGUUGUUUAUUACAUUUCUGCCACUGCCUCGCUGUAGGCUGUAGGCUCCUCCUUCAUCAUAAUUUGUCAUUCUCCAUUGUCAUUCUCCAUCAUGUAAUCCCCAACCAAAAAAGGAAGUUCCUUUUUAUUCUGAAGAUGACCAAGCUGUAGCUGUUUUCACAGUGCCAUAUUAUUGAGUUUUUAUUUUUCCUUCCAUGUUAAGUUUUGAAGCCCUAUAGUGGCCACAACCACAGGCACCUUUUAUUAGAUACUUUUCCCCCUUUAUGUUCAUUAGUAUUUGAUUUCUUAAACAUUAAGUUGGCUUGUCAA